AUGGUGGGCAGUCUGCUGGGCGCUGUGACGAGCAACGUGGUGUCGGUGGUCAUCAAGCUUAUAGGUAAGCGCUAUGAUCUUUGGUCGGAAUUCGAUAAUGACAUUGAAUCCAUCAGGAGAGACCUUCUCAUGAUCGCCGGAGAUGAGGAGGACCAGCUUUCGGAAGAGGUCGAUUUGAGUGCCGUGAUGGGUAAAUACCGGGAAGAGAUGCAUGAUCUAGCACUCGAAAUCGAGGACUUCCUCGAUCGGAUCCUGCGGCACGUUGUUGAAAAAAAUGGCAGCCCACUCCAUAAGGCCCUCGGAUUCACCACCGAGCCACUCUUAGAUGCCAAGGUAAAAAAACUCAAGGAGAGGCUGAAGGAUGCAAAACAGCGGAGAAGCGACCACGACAAGGACAUCAAUGGCCGCCAAUUCUCCCACUCCUCGACGCCCCCAGCGAACACUUCCACAACAAAGAUCGAACCUGUGGGCAUCGACGAGUCCAAGCAAGAGAUUUGCGAGUGGGCGACCAAGGAUGUGGAGGGCGAGACGGAGCAGCUGAGCGUGAUCUCCAUCGUCGGGUUCAGUGGAUCUGGAAAGUCCACGCUCGCGAAGGCAGUAUAUGAUUGCCCCGAUGUCACCCUCAAAUUCCGUCACCGAGCCUGGAUUGUGGCGUCGAAGCACUGGUGUGAUGCCAAGGGACUCCUCAUGGAGUUACUUCAGAAACUUGGCCAGGGAGACAAGAUCUCUGACUUAUACGUUGAACAGCUCCAGGCCAAGAUCUCAGAGUAUCUGAAGGGAACUAAGAGGUAA